AGCUUUCCCUUUGGCUCGGUAUUCGAAGUGCUCGAGCAGUUCAGUUCGGUUCGAAGUAAGUGUUCUCCUGUCCAUAGGAAAAAAGUGGUCAUAAAUUAGUGCAUUUUGUGCAGCCGAUUUCUCCAGGAACUUGCUCGGAAUUUGUGUGUCAAAUCAAGAAUAAUCAAUCGAACAACCAGCAAUGGCCGAGAAACCGAAGCGUCCUCUGUCCGCGUACAUGCUGUGGCUGAAUUCUGCCCGCGAACAGAUCAAGAAGGAAAACCCCGGAAUUAAAGUGACAGAGAUCGCCAAGAAGGGCGGUGAGCUGUGGCGCGGAAUGAAGGACAAGAGCGUAAGUAUUGCCGAAUGGGAGUACAAAGCCGCCAAGAUGAAGGAUGAGUACAACAAACAGAUGCAGGACUUUGAGCGAAACGGUGGCAGCAAGGACGUCGUCACGAAGAAAAAGAAAGGUGCGAAGAAAGUGACGAAAAAGAGCAAAAAGAAGGAUUCGGAGGAUGAGGAUGACGAGUCUGGAGAUGAGAGCGACUGAACUAAUCACUAACCUUAAAAUAAUUACUUUUAAUUUAUUGUGUAAAUGUUCGGGGCCUUACUUCAGCAACAAAUCACAGCAUCUCUCUCACACACAAAAAGUACACCCAACCACUACAACUACAACCACCACCACCACCACCACCCACACACUACUUUUAUGUACUUUCGACAACUUAGUGCCACGUUUUCUGAACCAUUUGCUCUCCCCCUUCAUUCCACCCGCGCGCCGUCCUUUCUAGAAACCAUCUAACAACGAAAACAAACAACGGCUUUUACCAACAUCAACUAACCAAAUACCACCACCCACCAUCGCCACCACGCCACUUUACACAAAUUGAAAUGAAGAAAAAAAAAGACAAAGAAUAGAAAAUAGAGUUUUACCUAUUGAAAAACCAACAAAAACCAGGUCAGAAGCAUGUUUUAUGGGAAGUGAGCGACAACCUUUGGGAAGAAAACCCAAAUCAAUUUCCUCUUUCUACAAAGUUUAUAAUUUUUCAGCGGUCAGACGAAGACACAUUUGCGGGCAGAUUCAGAUUUUCUCCAGGGAUGGGGAGGGGUCAGUCAGACGCGAAGAUAUUGGGCGAAUGUGGAUAUAUGACGCACGAUGGUUCGUUUGAACCAUCCGGUACAUGGUAUAUGGAAAAUUUGUUGUGUUUGUUGUGCGAGGUGCGGUAAGCGAAAUUUGACGCACACUCCCUCCCGAUACACACCUCUCGGGCGAGGGAGGUGGUCCGGGCCAAGAAGAUGGUUAGGGCGACUCCUCCUGCAAUUAAUAUCACGCUACUAAAAAUCUCUUCGAGCAUAUAUAAUUGUCCAGCCUUCUAACCACUCUAAUCUCUUCCCCUAAAACGUCUGCUCCGUUGGACCUAUUGCUACUGCGAAACACUGCGAAGACGCGAUAUUCUUUCCACUCUCUGCUGUGUUCUCAACAGUAGUAGAAAGAUAUCGGGACCCAUCGCUCCGGAAGUCGUGUCGCGAGAAUGCACAUCGAAACUGCAUUCGUGCACCUUUCCUUUGGAGUAAACGCCUGCACAAUGCGCAUUUGAUCUUCAGUAGUCGAAGAUCUUAUUUUAUCACGAACUUUUACGAAUCCCAUUCUUAAACGAGAUGUUUGUGUAUGUUUGUAUAUUUCGUGUUUGCGUGGUCGGUUUUAUUUUUCAACUGUCCAAACAGAGCAGAACCAUGCGAAAAUCGUUCAACCAUCGUGUUUCGAAAGAAGAGCAGACAAAGCAACAACUCUUACGGAGACAGACAAUCUAUGGCGGAUUGUCCAUCGAAAAAGGAUUGAGCGGAUCAUUGCUCCCAAUCCACCCUUAUUGUGGUGUCGUCCGUAUGAUAAUUUGGCGAGGAUUUUGUUGUUUUGUUUGUCUCUUGACUUUUUCACUGGUGAAGGUGAGCUUCACUUCUUCAUUCCUCCUGAAUGGAAAGGAUGACUGAAUGUUGUGCAUGUUAUUGCUUUGGUUUUCUAUGGCUUUGACAGUAAACGCGACACCUUACACACAUACACACAUACACUUACACGACAUCCCGAAGAUGCGACUCAUGUCCCUUUACACACGUGUGAAGUGUGAGAAUGAGUGAAGCAAACCAACAACACCACAACCACCCGCUAAGGGUCAACAACAAAAUCAGACCACCACUUGAAGACCACAAUACGAAAAAAUAACGCCAACCCUCUAUUCCUCCAAAGUAGCGCAAUAAAACCAAGCAAAACUAACAAACCGACAGUAAAAAAAAACAACAAAAAUGUACGAGCCUCUAGAACUAUUUGCAAGCAUUUUUUUUCUAAAAAAGAACAAACAAAAACAAUAGAACGCUCUCCACCUACCAGUACAGGCAUCUCUCUCCCGACGUUUUCCUCCUUUUGUUUUGAUUUUGACCUUUUACUUUUUAUUUUUCCCGUUGUUUUUCUAUUUUCGAUAAAUAAUAAUCCCUUUUCGCCACUUUUUCUCAAAUACUAAACUUUUGCCAAAUGUUCUCGCUUAUUUUCGUGUUUUUUCGUUU